AUGCACAAUAGAUGACCAUCCCAACUGCUAUGAAAACAAUGACUUCAUAAACGUUGUACGAUAAAGCUCAAAUGAAGACGUUCAUAUUAUUAGACGGUUUUUGAGGAGUGGAUUAUUGCACAAUGGAUGCCUGCAAGUACCUCUGACCGGAUUCCAUAUGACAACUCCUUCCCCAGAACCUUCCAGCUCUGGGAGGACUGAAGGUGGACGAGACAGUGAAAUGGAAAUGGCGUCACAUCCAGAGCACUGUGGUGAAUGCUGCGUGGUUGGUGAAGACAACGAAGUGUGUUGGAGCAGUGCGGCACCUGAGGUUCCUCCACCCACUGUGACUACUGCUUCACAAAAUGCCGAUUGGUUUGGUGCCAAUUUGUGUUUCUGGGAUGAAGAUGAAUACACGAGGCACGACACGGACUCCUGGCGUGGGAGCAUCGACAACUUGUCCGACGGGAUUUUGACAGAUAUCUUCCCGGACAUGGCAUUCGGUGAGGGGCAACCGGAAAUUGCUGACAGCACACUGCACGACACUUACUCCGGGCGUGUGAAAAUCGACGACUUGCCCGACGAGGUUUUAAUAAAGAUCUUCUCGUACGUGUCGUUCAGUGUGCUGGUAGAUGUGGUACCGAAAGUGUGCCUGCGUUGGAGAAGGCUGUCACAAGAUUUGGAGUUGUGGGCUGACAAGGAAUACCAAAUCAGGCGAUACUGCGGUUACGACACUGACACCUGUAAGGGCGGCAAGACCGACGAAGGGGCGAUACAGACUUUCUGCGAUGCCCCGAACCUCAGCAAAGUACGCAUGUUGCGUCCCGUCAGGUCCCGUGUCUUCCGCGCGCUCUACAGCAGAUGCCACAGACUGUCCGAGCUGCACAUGGGUACCAAACAGCAGCUCAGCUAUUCGGUUCUGAAGAACUUGGUCGAGAAGUGCUCCAGGAUACACACUCUGACCCUGUCCAAUCUAAUACUGCAGUCCAAGGAACAUUGGGAGGCAGUGUCACGUCUAGAGCACCUCCGCGUACUGGUUCUGAAAGUAUACUACGCGGGGAGCACUCCUGUGCUGCGACCUUUGGGCGACGGAUGCCCGAGGCUGGCCGAGGUCGACUUCGGAUACGCGACUCUCAAUACGGAUGACCUGAGGCACUUCCUCGAUGGCAAGAGGAACACUCUCAAGUCUGUACGGAUAAAGUGGACGAUGGCUGGAAGAAGAUAUGUCCUGCCACUGCUGACAGUCUGCGCCAACUGCUUGGAACGGCUCCAACUUUACGCGUUUGACACAGUCCGCGACGAGGCGAGCGAGGCAUUUACUGCACUGGGAAGCCUGAAGAACUUGCGGGAACUCGAGAUGCAGAUCAGUGAGCCUCUACCACCUGGCGUAGGUCAUCUGGCAUUUGAGACUGGUCUACCAAAAUUGAGGCUGCUGAAUCUAGAAUUUUCAUACGGCUUGGACGACGACACAGUAAUUGCCAUCAGCCGUGGGUGCCCUGUUUUAAGGGAACUCAAUCUCAGAGGAGCUGAUAAACUGUCUGAUGCAGCCUUCUCUCAGGUCUACCGCCUUAAACAUCUUGAAAUACUGAAUGUGUCAGCUUGCAAAGGUCUCGGCGGAGCCCUGAUCCCCUGCCUCGCCAGGCUACCACGACUUCACACGUUGAUCAUGGAAGAAUUUGAGUUUCCAGAGCUGCAGCCAGGUCUGGACAGUAUCCUCGAACUAUCCGGUGUGCGCAGCCUGACACUCGACAGUUCCCUUAUUACUGGAGUGCCAUUUGAUAGGUUUCCGGGAAAGCUUGUCAGCCUCAGGUUGUUGAGUGUCAAGCAUUGCAGAGGCGACCCUACAGCCACAGACGGGCUGGUCGAGCUGAUGCCCGAACUCGAACUCCGCGGCUUCAUCGAAGUGGAGGAACCGGAUGCAGACGAAGAGUUCCACGAGAGCGAUGCGGAAGGUGCGGAGGAAGAAAAUGGAGACAAUGUGGAGCUUGACGAUGCGGACUGAAGUGUGGGAUGACAGUUCGGGGAAUGGUGAGGAGUGAUGGUCAUAGUAACAGUGAUACUGAGAGUGAUAAUAUUUUUUGAAGUGAUAGCAGUAUAGCUAUUACCUUCCUAGGGGACGUACAAAAGUGACGCGUCCACCUCCGUAGCAGAGUGGUCGGCGUCACCGAAUGCUGUGCUAGGGGCCGGGUUUGAUUCCCGGUCGCUUUGGAAAUUUUCUACGAUCGGGGACUGGGUGUCAUGCUACCUUCACCGUCGUCGACACGCGAGUCGCCGAGGUGGCGUAAAAUAAAAAGAUCUGCACGCGACAGACGAAAUCGACGAAAGGACACUCUCUGCCAGAAUAUUCUGUACGCACAAUUCAUUUCGUAAAAGUGAUUUGAUGUUUAUAGGGAAUAAUGAUUCACAAUAUUGGUUGCAUCUAAGCUGUAACUGUGUAACUGGGCCAAAAUUUUAUACUUCACAGAAGUAGUUAUUGGCCCUUGCAU